UAAUCAUUUUCAUUGCUCGCGCGUUUAUACAUAAGAUACUUCAUACAUCUGAAGGAUGUCUGCACUCUGCAUUAUCAAUACAAGAUAUUGAUAGCUUUUAACACAAACAUACCGAAACUUAAUUAGUCUUCCAAUCGUUUAAGCCUUCUAAUGAUUCCACUCAUAAAAUAUUAAACUUUUAUAUCAACACUUUCUUCAAACCUGUUAUAUAACAAUAUCAUUGCCAUUAGUAUAAAAGCUGAGGAAAUAAAGUCAUUUAGUAACAAGUACCAUGAUAAUGGUUCGAAAUGGCCUCCGAGUUCCUAGCUACAAAUAUAUUGGAGGACGGGUUUAUAAAAUCCUUUGCCCCGAUUCUGUUUUGUCAGAAGUUGUUUUUCUCAGGACGCACUAACUUUGAAUAUCGUUUCGCCUCCGGCCCUAAUAAACGGCAGAGAAUAUUAACAGUGAUUGCGUUGAUUCUUAUUAUUUGUCUAUUCAAUUAUUCAAGAUUCAGCUACAUAAUGAAUUAUGAAACGGUUAUAUCCAAUGAUAAAUUUCUAUUCGCUUUGAAUCAAGCAUCAACUUCUGUAUACAUGAUCGCCAUGAUCGCCAGUGUCAUACAGGCGCGAUUCUUUGACUUUAACAAAGCUUCUGAGUUUUACAUGAAAUUGCAAGAAAUUGGAAAUAUAAUGAAGAUGCGACGCAGUAAGGCACGGUCAUACGCGAUGGGGUAUCACAGGAGUAUCGCAACUGUUUGCAUUCUUAUCGUAUUCGCUUCUGCGUUUAUGUAUUCAUCGCAGUGGUAUAAUUAUAAUUUGACGCUAAUGAUGUCGUGUAUCUGUUGGGCAACGGCAACAUUUUGUCUGGAACUGGCUCUUUGUCUGCAUACUGGUAUAGAUUUAAUUGCGAAACUGAAAUACUUGAAUGGCAUUCUGAAGUCGGAGUGCGCGGCGCUAGUGUCGCCGCGCGGGGGUCGCGGGGGUCGCGGGGGGCGCGGGGGGUGGUGGUACCCGCGGGACGCCCUCGUGCAGCGCUGGGUGCUCGAGGACAAGAGGGCACUCAGCGACAGUGACGUCACACUGUAUUUGAAGGAAAUUUUCAAAGGAUACAAAAUGUUCAGUGAUGUUUUCAAAUUUCAGGUAAGUCAGCACUAAAUAUUAUGCUCCAUCAUCUCUAUAUAUCUCAAAAGAACAAGAAAACACAGCAUAAUUUUGAUGUCCUUCCUUCAGUUGGUCUGUCAAGUCCAAGGCGCUUUAUAUACAAGAGAAUACGUAAAUUAAUUAAAUUAAAACUGCAUAAGAUGAAAUCAACAGCAAGCGUCCACAAAUAAAUCUUCAUGAUUCAGUUUCGUAAGGCCUUUCAUGUUGAAAAACGAAUAUUUACUUCUUCUCCAGAAGGGCAAUAAAAUACAUAUUUUUAUGUAGAGGUAUUGUAAUCCCUCCGUGUGCGAAUCCGACUACCAAAUUAGCCGGCCAUUUAGUUAUUGUU